CACACUGAAUACGAAAUUAGCUGUUGAUGGUGGUAUAUAAGAGAUUUCCUGUCCCCAAAGGUGGUCACAUCUACUUCCCAAACAAAACAACUCGAACGUUGGUGUUGCAGUUUUAGAACGAAUUUUGAAUUUCAUUUGCACAGUUGUUCCGAGAAUUUUUCAAAGGAAACAUGAAAGUUCUGAUUGUAUUCGCCCUGAUCGCCUUGGUUGCCGUGAGCGCCGAUAGCCAGAUUCUCAAGUACGAAAACGUUGCCGACGGAGAGGGUUUCAAUUUCCAGUUUGUCGGUGACGAUGGCCAGGAGUACAAGGUCAAGUAUGUUGCCGAUGGGCAGACUGGAUUCCGUGCUGAAGGUGCCCAUGUCCCGAACGAGUACGUUGACAAGCUGUCGACUUUGUAAGCUAUGUGAAUAAAAUGUGUGAUAUAUUUGA